UUUACAAGAACUCUAAAAUGAACGAACUGUUAUUGAGUGUCACGUGAUUAACGCUAAAAUAACUGCGAUAACGUAGUAGCCUAGUUAACAGUUACUUGUUUACGUGGGGUUUAUAAAGUAGUGUAUUUUAUAUUAUUGAGACACUCAUAGGCUAUAGUUUAAGAGGAUUCAGCGUGCCAGGGGAGUCAGUCUAACCCAGCUUUGUCUUGUAUAGUUUAUUUCUUACCCCUGAUCUCAGGCCCUACACUUCUGCUGGUCUGAUGAUAAUCUCCCAGAGCUCUUUACACCAUUCUUCAGUAUCAUCUAUAUCUAUCUAUAAUAUAUAUCUAUAUCUAUAUAUCUAUAGAGAGAGAGACUGUGGAUUUCUGAAACGGGUCGCUCUUAAAGCUCGGCUGCCACUUAAUAUAAUCUACUCUGUCUUUGUUCUCGACUGCUGCAAAUAUUUAAUCACGUUUGUUCUGAAAACUGUGACCUAUAACAUAACUUCUUGUCCUAAAUUAACUUCUCAGUCAAGAAGGGGGAACAAAAACACGACACCCCACCUAGCCUACAUUCAUUAAUACUAACAGAAUUCAGUUUAUCUGUGUAAAUGAAUUAAGUGCUAUUCAGUUUGAACAGUGUGUCUUCAUUAUUGUGUUAUUAUAGUAUUCUUAGUCUAGACUUCACCACAGAGAUUGAAGUGUUUUAAAAGUGUAUCGCAGUUAGAUUAUGAAAUAAGCGGAGCAUUAACAGUUCCAGAUAUUAGGCUUGUUGCAGCAUUUUGUGAAGUGAUGUAUUGACUUUCAGUGAGCUAAUACAAAACACUUCUCUGACACGCCAAGCUUUUAAUUAACCGCUAAACUGUCCAGACCUUAUUUACAGCACACAGCCAGACUUGUUUCCAAACUAUGCAUCGUUUAAUGUUUUUGAGGUGAGCAGAAACACGCUAAACAUCUAUCAGCUGUUAAAUAUCUGUGAAAGUUUGCCCUGCACAUAAUAAUACUGUAUAGAGAACAUGAGCAAUGCCGUACCGCCGAGUGAACGAGACGGAGGGAAGCCGCUGAACACUGGACCGGAACACAGACUCCGUUCAUUAUAAACACACAUCAAGCAGUGAUGAGGAAACUAAGCUUUUAAAGAUUCAGAGUCGCUGGAACCGAUGGAUUCACCAAACGACUCAGUUGAAGCGCUCAGGUCACUGUGGUUAUUAUCAUUAUUGUGUUGAGCAUACAUCGUUUGACGCUUGCUGCUGAAGGGAUUCCUGCCAAGUAGAGAUCCUGCUGGUGAAGCGAGAUGGUGUUUAUCAAAGACGAGAGUGAAGAGCUGAGGAUUGCAGAAGUAUUCAGCUUGAAACAUGAAGACACUGAGGAACAAACAGACCUGAUGGCAAUAAAAGAAGAGAAUCAAGAACUGAAUGAAAUAGAAGAGAAAGCUCAAUAUGAGAGACAUGAUUUCUUGGCUGUAGAAAAAUCCAUACCGGAUCAGAAGACCAAACCUCCCAGUUACUUAUCUUGCCAUGAAUCUGGAAAGUGUUUCACACUAUUAGGAAACCUUGAUGAACACAUGAAAAUUCACACUGGAGAGAAGCUGUUCACAUGCCAACACUGCGGAAAGAGUUUCAAACUAAAAGGAAAUUUUAAACAACAUAUGAAAAUUCACACUGGAGAGAAGCCGUUCACAUGCCAACACUGCGGAAAGAGUUUCGUUACAAAAGGAAACCUUAACGUACACAUGAAAAUUCACACUGGAGAGAAGCUGUUCACAUGCCAACACUGUGGAAAGAGUUUAAAACUAAAAGGAAACUUUAAACAACAUAUGAAAAUUCACACUGGAGAAAAGCCGUUCACAUGCCAACACUGCGGAAAGAGUUUCGUUACAAAAGGAAACCUUAAUGAACACAUAACCAUUCAUUCAGGGAAGCCAUUCAUAUGUGAUCUGUGUGGAAGGAGUUACAAAUAUGAAGAAAGCAUCAAGUCCCACAUGAUAGUUCACACUGGAGAGAAGUCGUUCGCACGUGAUCUGUCUGGACAUGGUUACAAAUACAUUGAAACCCUUAAUUCCAACACGAAGAGAGAACAUUCAAGAGAGAACGGUUUUGUGUGUCAUCAGUGUGGAGAGAGUUUCAGCUGUAAAGUAAGCCUCUACACUCAUGUGAGACUUCAUACUACAGAGAAGGCUUUCACCUGCAAACUGUGUGGGGAUAGCUUCUCACAAAAAGGAAAUUUUAAUUUACACAUGAAAGUUCACACUAAAGAGAAGCAAUUAUUGUGGAAUGAUUCUCAGACAUAACCCUUGAUUCACACGUGAACAGUCCUUACAACUGUAAACUGUGUAGGAUCCAUAGAAACGUGUUAUUCACUACUAUAAAGUGACAUGACUGGGGAUGUUUUGUUUUUAAGUGGAACCAGAAAAUAUGCAUACCAGGGAAAUAAGUUACAUUCACACUGAAGUUGAAUGUGAUGCAAAUCUGAUUGUCCACCUUUAUAACCAUGCGCAUUAUUUGCCUCUUUAUAAUUUUUUGUCUUGUACAUAUAAACUCCUGUGCCUGCAUCUAACCAUCUGCUUUGCUAUAGCUUAGUUGUUCUAAAAAGAUGGUGAUUCCAAGUUUGCAAAGAUUCCGAGAUGGCGCCGAUGAUGAUGACGGCUUCCGUGGCGUCCUCUGCAGUUGUUUUUGUGUUUUUGUUAGUUUCUCCUGUCUUUAGUUAUAUCCCUGCAAUCAGUUUCACCAGGGACGAAUUGCUGGACAUUCGGCACUACACAUCACCCAAUAUAUUACCGGUUUUCAUCUAUUCUGAUGUUUUGCUGGACACGGUAGUUGGCGGAGCAGCUGCACUUAUCAAGCGUUUCACGACACAAAGACGGGGGAAGAGAGCUGGCCCGCUCAGGAAGUGCGGAUUUUGAAUGCCAUUGCUUCACAUCUGUCUGGCAAACCUCCGCUCUCUACCCAACAAAAUGGACAAACUCCUUCUGCUCUCCCAGACAAAUAAGGAUUUCUCACACUCUGCUGCUCUGUGUUUCACGGAAACCUGGCUGAAUGACGCCAUACCGGACAGUGCGUUAAAUCUGCUGGGCUUUCAGCUGUUCAGAGCGAACCGCGACAGAAUCAAUGGGGAAAUCAUGCGGCGGCGGGACAUGCUUUUACAUCAACGAAAGGUGGUGUACAGAUGUAACAGUGUUAAAGAAGACGUGCUGUUCAGAUUUAGAAACACUCUUCAUUAACUGCAAGCCGUUCUAUUCGCUGCUGGAGUUUCACGCGUUCAUUCUUGUGAGUAUUUACAUCCCUCCGCGAGUGCACGUGAGCCUGGCUUUACAGAAACUUGCUGAUCAGAUCACAGAGACAGAACAACAACACCCGGACUCUGUUUUAAUCAUUCUCGGGGACUUUAAUAAAGCAAAUCUCUCCCGUGAAGUGCCAAAAUA